AUGGCUGUCCGGCCGUCCAUGCGGCCGGGCGCAGUCGACAGGACUUGCCGCUCUUCGACGCUACAGGUGCGACGAGCCAAGACCCUUGCGUGCGGCGAGAAGUCGCUCGCCCUGAAGGAUGAGAGGGAUGGCGAUGGCCAUCGCUACCGGCACAAGUCCAAUGUCCGUUCGCCGAAGAUCUUCCUCCCAAGGGCCAAGACCACAGGACAGCGUGAGCUGGCGCAAGCUGCGGGGGAGCUGGAGGAAGAGCAGUUCGCACACACCUGGGCCUUAAACAGGGUGGUGAGCGAAGCCACGGAAGCCGACUCGUGGGAUACACGGCCCAGGCCCGAGCGCCGAGCGUCCGAGCUCUUGGGUUUCGGCGUGAUCAUCUCCUUGGCCAAGAAGCACGGCAUUCCUGCGCAAGAAGUGCGACAGUGCGCCGACGAGUUCCGGACGGUGGAUUCGGAUCGCGACGGGAAGCUCUCCAUGCAGCAAUUCGAGAUCCUGGUCCGGAAGCGCUGCGACAUGACGCCCGGCGAGCAAAUGCCCAGCACCUUGGCCUCCACCAUGCAAAAGGCCGCCGAUCAGCGCGGAGAUGGAAAAGUGGCCUUCGAGGACUUUCUGCUGUGGGUUUGGCAGUGCAUUUUCAUGGAAGAGAUGUCGGCCACGGAUAGCUUGGAACGGCAGCAACGGAAUUUGGCACGCGAACUUGGACUGGAUUUGCCCAAGUUGGAGUACCUCCGGGAACUCUUCAACGACUGUGACGACGACCGGAGUGGCUUUAUCGAAUGGCCGGAGUUCGAUCAGCUGGUCAGAAGUCUGCUGGAUGCGAAGGAAGCCACAGAUGUCUCGGAAGCUCUCUUGCGGCGCUAUUGGUCGGAGGCCUCCAACACGUCGUCGGAGCAAAUCGGCUUCCCGGACUUCGUCCGAUGGUAUGCCAAGAACUUUGCCUGA